GUAAAGAUUCUAUUCGAUAUUACAACGAAGUGCCAGUGAAAAAGCUCGUCUUUAAGAAUCUGAAACGCUUUAUGAAAAAUAAAUCACCCGGGGAUGAUCUAUUCAAUGAUCUCAACACCACUGUGAUGAAUAAACAUCUGAACGAGCUGAUGGAGGGUCUUACCGCCAAAGUAUUCAGAACUUAUAAAGCGUCGUGGACGUUCCAGCAACAGCUUGACAAAUUAACGGACCCGAACGACACAGAGGCAGAGAAGAUUCUUUCGUACAAUCGAGCCAAUCGCGCCGUUGCCAAACUGUGUAACCAUCGGCGUUCUGUGCCAAAAACAUACGCGAAAUCCAUGGAGAAUCUAAAGGCAAAGAUUGAUGCGAAGAAAGAAGCCAUAAUCGAAUGCGAGUUGCAAGUAAUGAACGCUGAACAAAAGAAAAAAAAGAAGAAAGAGAAACAAUUGAAAAGAUUGAAGGAUCAGUUAACAAAGCUGGAGGUCCAGGCGACCGACCGAGAAGAGAACAAAGACUGGAAUACCUUGAGUUCCAAAGAGUACUAUCUCGAUCCUAGAAUUUCUGUUGCAUGGUGUAAGAAGCACAAAAUCCCAGUCGAUAAGAUCUACACCAAGACUCAGAGGGAUAAAUUCCGAUGGGCAAUAGACAUGGCGGGAGAGAAUUUU